GGGAGGGAAGAGAAAGGGAGGGGGAAAGUAAAAGCCAAAGGAUUCUGAAAAACACAAGGAGCAGCAGAGGAUUGGAAAUUCGCCCUGAGCUGUGAUCGGACCCCGUGAAGAAGACCCUGAAAGAUGGGCAGCUAUCCAGUCUCUGUGCUGUUAUGCUGUUGUUUCUUUGUACUUGUUACUGUCCGGGCACAGCAAACUGAAAUCCAUGACACUGAUGCCACUGCUUUGCCACCGCCAGACUGCAGAGAGGAAACAUACCCCUGCACCAGGAUGUACUCUGUUCAUCGACCGAUAAAGAGAUGCAUCCAUUCACUCUGUCUCUACAGUCUUCCAAGAGUCUAUGUGAUAAACAAAGAAAUCUGUGUGAGAACCGUGUGCCAGCAAGACGAGAUCCUGAUGGGUGAGACUCUUAAUAUCUCAGUAACAAACUAUAGAAUGUGA